AUGGCAUCUGCCGAGGAAGUUGUGCCAGAGCUCGUCCUUAGCGGCACUGAAGACCCUACGGUCGCCCACGUUGCCAGCCUUGUGGCCAGGAUGGAGCCUAUCGAUCCCAGCAUCCUCAGGGCAACUCCCGCCUGGCUAGUGCUGCAAUCCUUCGGAGCUGCGUUGAGAGGAACCAACCAGGAUCUGUAUGAGUGGAGCUUUCCAGUGAGUUCCAUCCAAGUUUUCUGGAGCCACAGCUGGCAUGGCAACAGCUACACGAAGAGGCUGCUCUUGAUUUUGCUAUACAAUGGGCCUGCCGCAGCCAUGGCCGCCACCGUCGCAGCUUUGCUGAUGAUGUGUCUGCACAUCGCGGGAGUACUACCAGGCCUCUCGCGAGCUUUCACAUUACCAUUCGAUCGAGGAAUGGAGUUGGUCUUCGCGCCCUGGUGUAUGCUGACGGCAGGGGUGGUUUUCGCAGUCGUCCUCGUGCUGUGGAGAUCCAGUAGAUUGGUCUUCUUUGACCGAGUAUGUAUCCACCAGACGGAUGCAGAGCUGAAAGACAAUGGAAUCCUGAGCAUUGGCGCCUUCCUGAAAAACUCCGAGCAGUUUCUGCUCGUAUGGGACAGCACUUACGCUUCGCGAUUAUGGUGCCUGUUAGAGCUCGCAGCAUUCUUGACAAGUCAUGAAAGGCCACAUGAUAAAGUUACUGUCAGGUUGACGGCCAUGGCUCCUUGCAUUUUGGGUCUUGGGCUGGGCAUGUGGGCUUCUGUGCUACACUGGAUUUUGGUUGAAGAGCACACUCCUGUCGAAACGGUGGCACUCGUGCUGUCACGGUGGCUCUUUUUCUACAUUUCCGCAUCUUACUUGCGUGAGCAUUACCGGAACACGGAGAUUAUGCUCAAGCAGCUUGCCGACUUUACUGUCCAAGGAGCACACUGCCAUUGCUGCAAUGGCGAAGAAUCGUGUAACGCCGGAGUCUGUGAUCGUGCAGUCAUCACCCGAUGCAUUCGAAUCUGGUAUGGGUCUGUCGAGGCCUUCGAGAGGACGGUAAGAACGCAUGUCAGGAACAUGCUAUACCGUCAGUUGGGUGGAUUGUUGUUCCCGUAUCGGUGGCAACUCAUUGGUGCCUUGCCUCUUUUCUGGGGCUUCGCGGAUCUCAUCGCGGCACGUGGACGCGCCGGAAACUGGCAGAUGGCGGCAGUUAUGUUCUUAGCCGGCCUGACUUGGUGUUUCCUUCUGCUUCCAACCGUCUUUCAGGUGGGAUUGCUUUUGGCCAAAUAUUUUCGCGCAGAGCAGAGCGGCGUGUGGCAGGACAGGCUAAAAAGCGUUGUGGUGGCCCUUGUGGUUACCUUGCUACCAGGUUCCCCAGUGGUACCCUUUUGCCCAUUUUCUUUUUGGUGCCACUGA